AUGUGGGAUAAUUUGGAAUCGUAUGAAUCGCAAUUGGAUAAUUUGAACAAAGUUCCAAAUUCAUAUGAUAAAUUUAGUGAUAAAAAUUUUAAUAAUGAAUUGGUUGACGAUAACAUAGAAGACUCAGAUGAAAAGUUUAUGAAUCUACUUAGAGAAAUAUACUCAAAAGGUGAUGAUGAAACUAAACGAGCUAUGAUUCUUGCACCUUCACAAAUUGGUGAAGACCCUGAUCUAAAAUUUGGUGAUUCUGUAGCCUCAAUCACUGAUACUUCUAUAUCAGCUUAUAAAGAACCCGAAAACCCAGUACCCAUCGUUAGUGAAGCUGCUCAAGAGGUAUUUUCCUUAUUUACACACACAUUUCAUUUAUUACAAACAAUAUGCAGGUUUUGGACGAGUUAUCUGAUUUAA